AUGGCGCGGGAGCUGAGCCAGGAGGCUGUGCUGGACUUCCUCUGGGCGGCCGGGGGGCGAGCCCCCAACACGGCGCUGCUCCGCCACUUCCAGCGGUUCCUCCGCGACCCGGCGCUGACGGAGCAGCAGCGGCGGGAGCGCCGCGAGUACUUCAAGAGCCUCGUCAACUCCCUGGCCACCGUCCACCCCGCCGCCGCCCCCGGCGCCUCCAAGGACAUCGUCCUCCGCCGCAGGUACCGCGACCUCCUCGAUGAGGAGCUGCCGCCGCCGGAGGAACAGCGGGAGCAGGAGGAGGAAAAGAACGAGCCGCCGCCGCCCCGACGCAACCCCGACGGGCGGCGCGGCCCCCGCGGGGAGGCGGCGGAGCAGGGGCGGCCCGGCGGGGCGGGGGGCUGCUCCGCCCGGGGCCGCGGCGGGCCGUGCUGCGAGUGCCGCCGGGCGCGCCGCGCUGCUGCCGCCGCCGUCCCCGCGCCGGGCCCCGGGACACCGCCCACCCCCCGGCCGCCCCGCUCCCGCUCCCCGCCGCCCCCUCCGCAGCCGCCCCCGUACCGGACCCAGCCGCUGUCCUCGGGCCCCUGGGCGCUUCGCCCCGGCGGCACAGCGCGCCCCCGGCCCCCUGCGCAGCCGUCGGGUCCUGGGGCGCUGUCCCCCGCGGUGCCGCCCCGGUCCCGAUCGCCGCCGCUGCCUGCCGCGACCGGGCUGCCCUCUGCCACAGCGUCCCGGGCCCGGACGCCACCGCCGCCACCGGGCCCGGGGAUGCCGCCUCCCUACAGGUUGCCUCAGCCCCGAUCUUUGCCGCAGCCCGCGACCGGGAUGCCCUUGCUGAAGGCUCCACGGCCCUCAGCAAGCCCGGAGAGGCGAACCCCCGCCGGACCCAUCCCGUCCCCGCUGCUGCCAUCGGGCUCCGGGGCGCUGUCCCCGCGGGACCUGCCCCCUUCCCGAUCCUUGCCGCUGCUGUCCGCCCCGGAGGUGCUGCCCCUGUCCCGCUCCCUGCAGGCGCUCCCUGCCAGCCCCUCCUCAUCGCUAUUGCUUUUGUCGGGCCCCGAGGCGCUCGCUUCCACCAGGCUGCCCCCAUCGCAGUCCAGGUCCCUGCAGCAGCUCCCCACCAGGCCGUCCCCAGACCUGCCGAGGGGAUCCAGGGGGCUGACCCCCAAGGGACCAACCCAACUUCAAGUCCUGAGACUGCGCCCGUGUCAAAGCCUGACACUGCCGUCAGGUCCUGGGAUUCUGCCCCCCACCAGGCCCCCCCCACCCCAAUCCCUGCCACAGUCCGCCACUUUCCCUUCCUCAUGCCGCCCCCUGCAGCCACCCCUUGCCAGGUCACCCCCAUCCCAGUCCUUGUUGCCAGCACAGGGCCCCGCAGUGUCCCAAGCCGCAGACAGCCAGCUCCCAUCACCGCUGCCUGUUUUCCAGAGCAUCAGGCGCCAGCUCGCUUUGUCGGAGGCGCAGGGCACCCCCUCCUCAGCGCACGAUGACUGUGGGCGGCAGCCUCGCUCCGUGCUCGCCAAGAGCUCCCCUAGGAACGCCGCAAGCCGGGGGCCCCUGGUGCCGCUGGGACAGCGGGAGCACGCCUGGCUGGUGGCAAUGUCAGCAGGCUGCUGGGCUCAGGUGCGGGGGCUCUUUCUGGAAGAGCCUGAGCUGGCCCUGCAGAGGGACUUCAUAUCGGGCUUCACGGUCCUUCACUGGCUGGCCAAGCACGGCGACGGGCCGGGCCUGCAGGAGCUGGCAGCGGCGGCGCGGCAGCUCGGGCUGGCCCUGGACGUGGACGCGCGCUCGGGCUGCGGGUACACGCCGCUGCACCUGGCUGCCAUACACGGCCACCAGCUUGUCAUCAAGGUGCUGGUGCUGCAGCUGGGCUGCCAGGUGCAGGUGCGGGACGGCAGCGGGCGCCGGCCCUGGGAAUACCUGGGCAGCUCCACCUCGGGGGAGAUCUGGCAGCUCCUGGAGGCACCCCGCGGCACAAUCAUGUUCCCCACGCAGCCCCUGGCCCGCAGCGCGUCCUCUGUCAGCAAGGUCUCGCCGUCCGCCGGCAGGGCAGCGCUGCCUGCCUGCCUCAGGGUGCAGCUCGGCCGUGGGGCAGUGUCCAACCAAUCCGGCAGCGACAGCGACUGAGACAGCUCCCGGCAUCCCUGCCAGUGGAGAUGGGACCUUGGUGGCCACCCUGAGAGAGAAAGCCACGCAGGCACAACAAAAGCCGUGAAACAGACUGAACCCACUGGAGAAUGUACUCUUAAAUUAUUCCAAUGAACUGUUUUCUGAGCCUCUCUGCCCUCCCUCCCAUCUCUUGCUUUUCUACCAGCAAAAGGAUGCAGUAAGUGUGCUGGAAGCAGGAAGAACCCUCGGGAGGCAAGUCCUGCGCAGCGCACAGGGCCAGGACCAGCUGCUGCGUGCAGCCACGACCACCAGCAUUAGUGGGACCGUGGCUUUGGGGUGAGGCUCAAGUCUGGCCCCAAUCCAGGCAGAGCACUUGCUUUUGCUGACAGUGACAGAUUGUUGUUGGUCCCGGGGUUUGCAAAACAUUUGUUUACACCACCUCAAUUCUGGGGAGCAGUAAAAUGACAUCCCUUUUUAAUCUCAGCAGAUUAAGGAUGAGUCCCUCUUUUAAAAAUGCAGCUGAUCAAGAUCCAGCCUUCCAGCGAGUAGGGAAGGGCGUUUCCCAGGCCACCUUGCCCACCAUUCCAUGCUGAAAGGAAUGCAGGGUAGCACCACAGCCCCGCUCCCCUGCACAGCUGCCCGGGGCUGCCCAGCAGUAUCCCUGCUGCUCCCUCAUUCCUGCACCUCCAGUUGCUCUCCUCACACCACAGGAUUAGGAAGUGGUACCUGUGUUGUGGCUAGGGCCCUGUUCCCACGCCCCGGCACAGAAAGCAUUCCAGGAGGAUUUUGUGUUGGGCAGAAAAGGAGCUGGGCUGUAGGACGGGUCCCAGAGGAAAGGCAGGAAAGGCAGUUUCAUAACCAGAGCUGCAUCUUCCCAGAGACACCAGCCCCAAACUGCCUGUCAGGUGUUUAUGUGGUGGGGGCAGGUGGGACUGGGGGCCAAGUGCAGUCAUGAGAUGUCCAGUGGAGUAAUUCCUCAGAGUUUACAAAAAUCAAACUGUCUUUAGGAAUCUCAGUGGAUUGUGUGGGUCCUAUAAUGUACUCUGCUCUCAGCUUUAGCAUAAACGAGCUUCUAAAGUGUCAAAAA